CAUCUCUUCCUCUUCUUAUCCUUGGAUUUCUGAGACUUUUUUUCACCACAGCUGUGAAUUAUCAUAAAGUUGUAUCUGAAUAUGGCAUCCACUGGAAUUUCUUUUUUACAUUGGCUUUUACAAAGAUAUUUUGCUUUAUUGUAAUGGUCCUAAUUCCAAUAAGACCCGGAGUUUUAUCCAUGAUCACUAUGGUUCUUCAUCAAUGGCUGCUAUUAAAAGGGGGACUGACAUCAUUUGUUUUAUCUGAUGACAGAAGGAAUCUUUUUGAAGAAAAUAAAGAAGGAAUUUGCUCUCUAUUGGGAUUUAUGUCACUUUAUUUGUAUGGUAUUGAGCUAGGAAGUUUAUUAUGGAAGACCAGACAUAAAACAGGUGAAUAUCUUCGUCUGCUGUGGCAACUUUGUGGUGUUGGUUUUUGUGGAUGGAUAAUAAUGUAUGCUUUGCAUGCUAGUGUUCAACCCAUCUCAAGAAGAAUGGCCAAUUUGUCUUAUUGUGUGUGGGUUGUCUCGCUGACUACACUACAAAUUGCUGUCCAUUUUUUCGAAAAUAUUUUCCUGCUUUUCUCCAGUAAAUUUUUGAAACACAAGUUUAACGAUUGUCUAUUGUGGAAAGCCAUCAAUUUUAAUGCACUUUUUUAUUUUUUACUAGCUAAUGUAAUUACUGGUGUUGUUAAUUUGUCUAUUCAUACUUUCAAAGCAUCAAACCUGGUCUCUCUUAUAGUUCUUGUUCUAUACCUAACAGUUCUAUCUCUUAGCACAGUUGUAUUUUUCCAGCAUUCGAUUCGUUUCAAAUUUUGGUGACUUUUCUGUUACUUUUUUUUGGAAUCAGUAUUUUUAUACAUUUAUGAAAUGUUGUGCAUGUAAACGGCAUAGCAUUGUUUAUGUUUUCCUUCGUACAUCUGUUACACACAUGUUUACAUAUGUUACUGGGAAAGACCGAAACUUGGAAAACAUCGAUAUUUGCCAGUCAAUGUCAAACAUCACAUUGCAAAGACAUCAGAGAAAGAUAGAAUAUUUCCAAUGAAUUACCACUGAACAUUGACAUCUCUCCUGACCCUUUCAUAGUAAUACCUUCAUAUAUAGUGUGUCUCAAUUACAGGCCCGGCUCUUGGGGCAGGCAAUCUAGGCAGUUGCCGAGGGCGGCAGAUUUUAGGGGUGGCAAAUUUACAAAUUGAAACAUAUAUUUUAAAAGUAUGAAUAUCUAUAUCAGCAUCAUAAAAUUCACUGCUUCACUGCUAAAGAAAAUAAUAAUUUAGAGUGUAUACCAGUGCUUGGAUAUGCAAAACCCAGUUUGAAAUUUAACUAGAAACUAGCUUUAAUUUUAAGCAAUUUACAAUUAUUUUUAUUUUAUUAAUAUAUUAUUAUAUUAUUUUAAUAAUAAUAUAUUAUUAUUAUCAUUCAAUCUGAAGGGGGCGGCACUUGUCAAUAUCGCCUAGGGCGGCAAAACUACUAGAGUCGGCCCUUCUCAAUUAAAUGUUUCAUCACUCACAAUGUAAUUGUUCAUUCAGCAACUACUAGUUUGAAAGUUAGAUUUGAUUUUGAUAGUAUGUUAUACAAUGAUCUUUCGAAUUUACAUCCCAGAGCGUUUUCAAACAUUAGAGCUAAUGGACUAGACCCUAAUGCUUUCAAAGAACUAACUAAGUAGCUCAUAACCUUCGAUGAAUGGCUAACAGAAGGAAAUCUACGGGUCAAAUUAAUCCACAUGGGACAUAACAAAAAAAUCAAAUUAAGAAGAGUACACAAUUGGUGUUGUACCUGAACAGUCCAGUUCCCUAACCCUUAUUGAAGACGAAAUAAAUCCUCAAUUCUAUUUAUGUGAAUGCAAAUUCUGCCAAAACUGCUCCAUCUGCUGCUACUGGCUGCUUAACGAUUUAAUUUAUUGACUGGAGUAUACUGUGUAAUUGGACUUAUCUUUAAAUAUCUCUUGCUAUUCACACAAGUGUCUUGUGAGCAAUCUUUUUCAACUUCAAAUUCAUUAAAAACAGAUUGAGAGGCAACUUGAAUCAACAAAAGCUAGAAAGUUUUAAAUUAAUGUCGACGGAAGUUGUUUUUUUUUGGAACCCAAAACAUUUUCACGUAUGUUUUCAAACAACAAUCUUCUUUUUAAGCUCUUUUGAAAUUGUUAUUUAAUGUAUAAAUUGUACAAAUAAGAAAUGAUCAAUAUUCGAUAUCACCAACUCCUUUUUAUAUUUAUUGAAGGUUUGUAGUUACAUUACACAAAUAAUUUACAUACACUAAUUUUGAAAAUGCUUCAUUGCGAAAAAUUGGACUAGUUUAAUCACAAAAUUAUUUUCAUUACCAGAUUUUUUGUUUGAUUAAUUGAUUUCAUACUACAACUUUUGUUGAAAUGACUGAGUCUGAUAAGAGGCAUAUCAAGAGAAGCCUUGGUUUAACUAGCUGCGUUGCCCGGCUUUACACGGUCUACCAUGAAAAUAAAAAUUGUGUCAAGUGACUUAUGCUCAACAAUCAGGCUUAAGUAAAAGAAAAAAAAAAUCAUGCAAAUUUCCCUUCCAAACAAUGAUGACAGUAUUAAAAUACUUUUAAGAAAUUAAAAUGGAAAAGAUGGAUUUAAAAAGCGUAACCAUGGAAACAUAAAAUAAAAUAAGUUUAAGAAAUUAAAGUGUGAAAGAUACAAUGGAUUCAAAAAGCGUAACCAUGGAAAAGUGAAAAUUAAAUGGUUAACAACUUGAAUGGAAAUGGGAUUUUUCAAACUGAUUUAAAAAGUCUUUAACUUUUUAAAUCAGUUAAGUAACUUUUUUCCCUUUGGAGUUAGAAGCUUACUUUCUGACCAAAGGUCGAGUUAGAUCUGGAAUAAAAAAUGUUGCUUUUUCCAAUGGUGUCAAAAAAAAAAAAAAAAAAAACUGUGGGAAAACUCCUUCACUUUUUGUUGAUUUAUUUAAUGAAGAAAGUAGUGCCUAAAUUUCAGCUAAGCCUAAAAAAAUUCAAGCUAAAAACACAAAUAACUCCCGCCAUAAUAAAGUUAGAGCAUUGGAGCGAAUUGCGUAGAACGCGGAAAAUUCUACCCUUGCUGACAAUAU